AUGUCCAAGUUCACGCUACGCUGGGGUAUCCUUGCCACUGGAGGCAUCGCUGAGAGCUUCUCAAGAGACUUGACUGUCAACCCUGAGACUCGCAAGGUCAAGGACAUUCAGCAUGAGAUCGUCGCCGCAGCCAGUUCGAGCAGCGCCGACCGCGCCGGCCAGUUUUUGAAGAAGGUUGGCGCACCGUCUUCAGCAAAAGCAUAUGGAUCAUACGAAGAGCUGGUUGCCGACAAGAAUGUCGAUAUCAUCUACGUCGCCACUCCCCACUCGCACCACUACCAGAAUGCUAUGCUUUGUCUCGAGGCUGGCAAGAACGUCCUCUGCGAGAAGGCUUUCACAGUCAAUGCUGCUCAGGCUAAGAAGUUGGUAGAAAAGGCAAAGGAAAAGAACUUGUUCUUGAUGGAAGCCGUGUGGACGAGAUACUUCCCUCUAUCCGUCUACGUCCGUGAGGUUAUCACCUCAGGCAAGAUCGGCAAAGUCCACCGUACUUUCGCCGAUCUGUCCAUCGGCACUCAGCCCGAGGAUGCCUUUGACAACUCGCACCGUAUGGUCAACCCCGAAUUGGCUGGAGGCGCUCUCCUCGAUCUGGGCAUCUACGCCUUGACAUGGGUUUUCCAAACACUAUACCACACUCAACCCGAGUCUGCACGCAAGGCCCCAACUGUCGCCUCGUCCCUCAAGAAGUACCCCACUGGUGCUGAUGAGAUGACUACCAUGCUUCUCACCUUCCCUCGUUCUGAAGAGCUUGGCGGCGAUGCACACGGUAUUGCUACCACUGCCUUCCGCGUGACCCCCGACCCCGACGGAAAGGGCAGCGCUGGCCCUGCCAUUCGCGUGCAAGGCGACAAGGGUGAAGUCCAAGUCUUCCACCCAGCCUUCCGCCCCACAAAGACUAAGCUCAUCCUCAACGAUGGCACCGUUGAAGAAAAGGAGUUCACCCACCCCGGUCCUGGCAAGGGCUCUGGUUUCUACAACGGCUUUGGAGAUGACAAGAACUCCGAAGGCGAGGGCCACGGUAUGUUCUGGGAGGCCGAUGAGUGUGCUUUUGCGAUCAAGGAGGGUAGAAAGGAGGGCCAGUACGAGGGUCUGCAAGAAAGCGUUGUCAUCAUGGAGACGAUGGAUGAAGUGCGCAAGCAGAACGGUAUGACUUACCCCGAAAAGAUUGAGACGACCAAAUACCCCACACAGCUCUAG